AUGGUGAACCCACGUUCUGUGUGGUCCAUGUUGACCCCUAUGCUCCUAUUUUCCUGCUUCUGUCUCCUAGUUGGUGAUGUCCUUUUCGGAUAUGACACAGGCAGUUUUGGUGGUAUUCUGGCUAAUCCUGGCUUCGUGAACCAAUUCGGCGCCUAUGAUGCCGGCACCAAAACAUAUGCAAUAGAUUCAUUUCGCACCUCUAUUUUGACAUCUCUUGCGUUUAUUGGAAAACUUAUUGGGUGCUUAGCCGCUGGGCCAGCGAUAGAGAGGUUUUGCCACCGCAUCUUGUUCUUUUUUCUCUCAGCUGUUUCGGUAAUUGGGAUUAUUGUUGAGAUUACAGCAGCUGGUUCUGGCAAUGGAACCGGACGGUUGGCACAAUUUAUAGUAGGCCGAGUCAUUGUUUAUAUUUCAGUAGGCCUCGUUGAAGUUGAUGUGACUUGGGUAUUCAGCACAUAUCAAUCUGAGAUUGUCCCGGCUUCUUUCCGUGGUUUGGUCAUCGUCUCUUUACAGCUAUUUCUCAGUGUCGGAACGAUCCUUGCAUCAGCUGUCAACAAGGCAUUUGCCACCACUACUGAGUCGCUGGGUUGGAAAACAGUCACGGGUAUCCAGUUUAUCUUCCCUGUCUUAAUAACUUUCUUUACUUUCUUCAUUCCGAACUCUCCACGUUGGCUUCUCUCCAAGGAUCAAAAUAAAGAAGCAAUGGCUGCUCUCUGUCGUCUGAGACUAAAAGAAGACAUCGAUAAUGGUAACUGUGAGGCUGAAAUCCAGGCUAUUCGAGUAUCUCUACAGGAAAAAGUGCAUAAAGCCCCAUGGUCUGAAGUUUGGCAGGGAAGUAAUCUACGCCGAACAUUUCUUGUGAUGGUCUAUUACUUCUUUCAACAGGCUACUGGUCAAGCUUUUGUGUCUACCUAUCAAACAACCUUUUACAAGACCAACGGAUAUGCGGAUCAAGCAUUUACAUAUCCCAUUAUAGGCGCAUGCCUUGGCUUUAUCGCUGUCCUUCCGGCUAUGUAUAUGGUAGACAGAAUAGGUCGCCGGCCAAGCCUCAUGAUUACCUUUAUUUUUCAGGCUAUCUGGAUGUACCUCCUUGCCGGCCUUGGAGAAAAGGAAAGCAAGUCUGAUGGAGAGAAAAACGCUAUCGUAGCUGCCUUCAUGCUUUAUGCGUUUAGUUAUAAUAUGGGGGGUGCUUCUAUCCCCUACCUCCUCGGUACAGAAAUACCAAAUGCGGCUGUCCGUGAGAAAACUCAGGCAUUAGGAACUUCUUGGAACGUGAUCUGGGCAUUUGUGACCAACUUUGCUAUUCCAUAUAUGAUGGAUGAGAUUCACUUCCAGGUAGGCUGGGUGUUUGGAAGUAUUUCAGUCUUGGCUCUGCUAUUUACGUUCUUCUUUCUCCCGGAAACAAAGGGACGUGCUCUUGAGGAAAUCGAUGCUGUUUUUGCAACCCGCCAUAGUCCAUUCAACUCAACCUCAGUCGAUAUUCCACAGGCUGAGGGCCAGGUUGGCCAAUUUGAGGGACACAAAGGACUCCAAUUGGCCGACAAAAUUAUCACCAGUAAGGAAUAUGACGACCUUGAAGUUUGA